AUGCAAACCAUCCUCUUCGCACUGGCACUGCCUUUAGCUUUGGCUUCGCCUGAACAAGUGCAUCUAUCCUUUCAAGGCAAUCAUUCUGUAAUGGGAGUGUCAUGGAUGACAUUCAAGAAAGAUGACUCCGAUGUAUUGUAUGGCACAACGCUGACCAAUUUGGAAUGUACAGCAAAAGGGACAAAGAAAGAAUGGCGUACUGGCGAUAUCACUCGAUACUCACAUAGGGCAUUAAUGCAGAAUUUGCGUCCUUCAACUACUUAUUGGUACAAGAUCGGAUCCCGGACAUUCCAGUUCAAGACACUCCCGGAAAACCCCACUUCAUACCGG